GACCAUUUGUUGUGCCUUGGAUGACCACUUGCAAGCUUUUAAGGCUGGUCCACUAUUCUUCACAUCAGGGCCUUGGGCAGUCUUAUUUUGGUUCCAGAGUUGUUGGGCCUCUGUUGACUGUGCCUAGAGCACUCCUGACCUCCACAUUCCCUCGGCAAAGUUCUGCAAGUGUGGAGCCAGACCCUUAUGGUUGCUGCUAUGUCCUGAGUGCUCAGCCAAUGCUCACCUACCUGACGGUGUCUUGGGUGGACACAUAUGCCUAUGUUGUAGCCCAUUAUACUGGCCACUUGUAUGAGUCUGAAUCCAUCGCAGUCCCUGUCAGCCACAGCAGCCACGUGAUGAUUGCACCUUCAGUGUCAACUAUAGCAUUCUCAUGAAGAUGGAGAGAUCCUGGCAACUGGAGAUCACACGCGAGAAAGCUCUAUGCCGCCAAGAGCUGCUGCAGAGCACUGGUUUGAUCUCUGUCCACAAUAAGCAUGCCUUAUUCUAAUGGUUUAAAGCAGAAAUGACAAAGUACUACACUACCCUUCCUCCCAGGAGAAAGACUCAAGAAUUUUAGCAGUGAUGCUGUUUUUCUUCCAGAUACCAUCUCCCAUGUUCCUAGUCACAGAGCUGAUCCUGCCCGGCCUGUACAUCGGCAACUUCAAAGAUGCCAGAGAUGCAGAGCAAUUGAGUAAGAAUAAGGUGACACAUAUUCUGUCAGUCCAUGAUAGUGCCAGGCCUAUGUUGGAGGGGGUUAAAUACCUGUGCAUCCCAGCAGCAGAUUCACCAUCUCAAAACCUGACAAGACAUUUCAAAGAAAGCAUCCAGUUUAUCCACGAGUGCCGGCUGAAAGGGGAGGGCUGUCUUGUGCACUGCCUGGCUGGCGUCUCCAGGAGUGUGACCCUGGUGACGGCAUACAUCAUGACCAUCACCGACUUUGGCUGGGAAGACGCCUUGCACACUGUGCGCGCAGGCAGGUCUUGUGCCAACCCCAACCUGGGUUUCCAGAGGCAGCUCCAGGAGUUCGAGGAGCACAAAGUUCACCAGUAUCGGCAGUGGCUGAAGGAGGAAUAUGGAGAGAGCCCUUUGCAGGAUGCCGAAGAAGCCAAAACCAUUCUGGUCAACUCUGUCUCAAACAGUCAGCCACUAUGGCUUCGAAGCCGAAAUGGAAAAGCUUCAAUUCCGUUGAGCUCUCUGAUGUUUCUUAUUUGGGAUCCAAUAAGGAUGCUUCCAGCUAGCGACUCCUGGAGUUCUGAAAUAUUUGGACUUCCUCAGAAGAGUGUAAUGUACCUGAAGUUGCUGAAAUAUUGGAAGGCCACAGUGUUUAGGCCCAUGCUGCCAAAAAGAACCUAGAGUUUAUUUUUAAGUACCCAGCGGUGAUUUGUAAACUUGCUUGUUUUCUGUUUUAAAUUGAAUGCAUGUGCAAUCAUAAUGUCAGAUGUUGACAACUGUUAACGCUCUUAACAAGAGAAAAUGUUUUUCAUUUUUACCUAACGCUGCUGCCUGGGCUGUUCUUUAGCCUCCCUCUGAUGACUGUUAGGUGACUGUUAGUACUGGCGAUAUAGCCUGUCUUGAGCAGGCAGCCAUGGGAGUGGGAGGCCAGAAUCAAACUGCAUAGACUGAGCAGUUGCUGUACAGCUCUGGUGUGUGUGUUUCCCUUGGUUUGGGUCCUCUGCAGUGGAAGUUACCAGAAGCUACACAUUUCUGUUAAUAAAGGGCAACUUAGCCAAACUGCACUUUAUGUAUGCUGUAUUCUUCCUUCCUGUGGUGGGGGCGGGGCUCUGCCUGUGAGGAGGACCAUGGUGACUAGAUCCCCUGCCUACUGCAUGGGUGGGGGUGCCUUUCUGUAGAAGCUCUUGUGUUCCUCCAUGAGGCAGGCAGCUGGUGCUAGGAAAAGUGAACUGAUUCCUCCAUAGAAGAAAGGAUCCUCAAUGUGAGCUGAAAGAAAUGAGGGUGUUGGCGUUUUUUGCUUGCACAGAGUAAGAUUGAGUGUCUGUACUCUGGAAUUGCUGCGCCUGGCACACCAUGAGCAUUUGCUGAGCACUGCUGGAUACGGUGGUUGUGAUUCCACACUGAGCUUUAGUUUGAAGGAACAGAAACUGGCUUGAAGAACAAUAUAAGUCGAUUUCCUAAAUAUUCCUGUAUAGAUCCAGUGAGGGAGGAAAGAAAUUUAACUUUUUACUCCAGGGAUAGGCUUGGCUUGAACUGAAGGUAGGUGCACUCAAGCAUUAAUGUGUGGGCCUUUUGACUGUAGGUGGCAGGCGUGUGUUCUGAUCAGCUUGUAAUGCCUGGGGGCAAGGAGAGGUACAAAGAGUACCUUCCACACUGGCAGCAGUCCCUGGUGGGUAUAACACACACGCACAACAAAACACCUGCAGGCGUUAGAAAGUGCGCUCUGAUGCGAGCUGUAGGCCCCAGUGUGACACCAGUGGUCCCUGUGCGGCUCUCCUAGCAUCUCUGAGGGUGUGUCCGUGCCUCGUCUUGUGUGGAGAACUCAAAUAGUAGCAGCCAGCACCAAGCACAGAAUCUGAGGGAAGCCUUACUGUGGAGGGGUAUGAGGCAGGAGCACACUAAGCAUAGCUGGAUUUUGGCAUCAGUUCCAGUGUAAUAGGUCAUGCACCUCUCCCUGUCUUAUGCCCUCUCCUUCCCACCUCCGUCUUGACUUGAGACAGGGUCUAACACCAACAACAGUCAUCUCAUGGUGGUGAGCUUUGCCAGACACAGGGGCAUAGCCCCUAAGCCUCACAAAUCCGCAGAGAAGGUACUAUUCCAGUUACUUGAUGCACAGAGAGGCCAGGAAAUACACCUAAAACUAAACAGGUGCUGGACCUGACCCUGGCUCUUUUUAUCCCAAAUCCAUGGGCAAGGUGGGAGGCAGGAAGAGCAGCAGCCAGGGCUAGGAAGGGGACUGGGGACUCAGCCAAGUGCCCCCACAUUCUGGGCCAUGCAGAGGGAGAGCUGAGACCCCUGCAAAGUGUCAGCACAACUCAGAACCAGAAUCUUUGCUUUGGCUUCUUUUGCCUAGUUACCCUGGAGUUGUUGGGGACACUGUGGGUGGUGGUCACCUCUGACAUUUCUCUGGGAGCUCACCAGGGUUUUUCAGUGGAGAUGGUAGUGGCCCUGGGUAGGUGUGAGGUGCCUUUGCUGCUGGUCACCAGACUCAAUGAUUGUGGCCAGACUGGAGGUGGGUCACAGUGACCUCCCUUGCCUUCCCCUCCCUCCACCUUAUUCCCCUGAUCAUGGUAGGUGUUGUGGGCUCAGCCUGGACUCAGACACAUUCCUGGUGCUCAGAAAGACUGGUUGGGUGGGUUCAGCAGCUUAGAAAACCUGUAAUCACAGAGUGGGGUGCCAGGUGCUAUUAAUAGGUUCUCCCUGGUAUACCUAGUUUGGGAGGGGUACUUAAGGAGAGGCUUCUUGGGAAAAUGAUAGCUAAUUUGAGACCUGAAACAUAAGUGUUAGGUUAGCUGGACGUGAUACACGGAGAGUGCACGCAGAGGGACUAGGUGGGCCUCAGCCCAGUGUAGGAGACUGCAAGCACCAAGAGGGUAAGUGGCAGUGGUUGGUUGUGCAAGGCAAGGCAGUAACACAGCAAAGGCCUGGAAAGGCAUAAUAACCGCAACCAUUUCUCUAAUGCCUCCUAACUACCUGAUGUACAUUAGCUGAUUUAAUUCUUACACCAACCCUUUGAGCUAACCAGGCUUAGGUUAACAUGCUCACGUUCCUGCAGGUCCAACUCCUGAGUGUGACUUUAGUGCCUCUACUCUGUGGCCUUUGGGCAGUGUGAGCACCCUUUUACAGAUGUGGGAGACCCUGGUGUAGGCCAAGCAGGCCAGCAGCAGGACCAGGCACAGGCAGAGGUUAGGUGACUGCAUGUGAAGAACAGGUUCUCUUACUGGACAAGGUAAGAGAAGAUGGCCCUAAACAGGCAUGGCCAUGGAGGUGAAAGAGGCUAAAGAGGUGAAGGAUUUGAGAGGCUGAGAAGGGAGAGCAGGUGUUCUCGGUGACCGAUGAGUGUGAGUGAGCCCAGUAGCCUGCCCCUCUCUGGAGUCACGCUCCAAUGCAGAGUUGUUUUGUGUCUGCGUCGCCCUACACCUGGAGCCAUGGCAGGCCUUGUUGGUGGAGGCUGGAGCUGAGUGACUGCCAGGAUUGAGGGCCCCAAAGGGUGCAUCUCCAGGUGACACUGUAGCCUCCGUCUCAGCGAACCCCAGCCUCACAGCUUAGGCCCUCAGCCUGCCUGUGCACCUAGAGCAGACUCACAGCAGCCAGACUCACUGUGACUUAUGCAUUCACACGGCACCAUUUUAGUUUAUUGUGAAGGACAGAAUAAGAGAUGAAUAUUAUCCCUUAGCCAGGUUAUCUCUCUCUCAUGAUCAAGAUUUUUUGGGAGGCCACAUUAGUCACUGGGCAUUAUUGGUGAGCCCUGACUGUCAGGAAAGGGAGCAUGACAGAUGGGGUUUAUCCUGGCCUGGUGCUCCUUGUCAGAGCCACAGCCUGAGCGCACGCUCCCUCACACACCAUGUCUGCCUGCUGGGCCAGCUGCCCCUCUGUGUACAUACCAUCUGCCCAAGGUGUCUCUGACCUAAGUCCUGUUGUUCAGAGUGCCUUCAUUAAACGUGGGCAUCCUCAAGUCCCUUCAGCAACGCUGCAGCUCUGCCUGAGGAUGGGUUCUUGUGAGUGACCUGUUUCGUUAUCGGGUGCCAGUUCUUUCUAGUUUGUGACUAAGCAGGAAACCCCAUUUCCAACAUCUGGGGUUAUGUGGUGAUACUCCUACAUACAGACGACAUAUAAAUUCUGGGGGCUGGGGGGUGUGUGUGUGUGCACUCACGGGUACACACAUGCACAUGUGUCGUUUAUUGUUUUUAUUGUAAAGAAAUUCUAGCCUUCAAGGGAGUUGCAAUUGCUAGGAGUGUGUUGAGUUCAGUCAGUUUGGCAGCAGGUACCUAUGGAGCCCAUGGAAACGUCCCCAGAUGAUCAGAGUCCACUCUGCACACCAGCAUCUAGUCAGAAAAUAGGGAACACAGAAUCAGCACCCUGUGGUCCCACAUUAGGUGUCUCCUACCAUCCUGACUCUGAGUUAUUAAUAAUUUUAUUAAGAAUGUGCUUUCCACAUGCAUGCAUUUAUAUAUACAUUUAACAAGAAGUCACCAGGACUUCAGAGGGUAGUUCCUCUUCCCUUUCCUUUUUAUUGCCCAGGGAAAGGGAGAAACCAAAGAAAAAUUAAAAAAGGAAAACAACCCAAAUUUCCCUUGAUUUGUUAUGUCACUUGAGGGCUUGGAAGUGUGCUUUCAUUCCCUCCAUAGGAUUCAGUAAGGCUUCCUGUGCCUCAGCCUGGCCAGGACCCAGCAGAGGGUGUGGACCAGCGUAGCGCACUGGCAGCGUUUCAUGCAAACCUUUCAGUGCCUGGAAAAAGGGACACUUUGCUUUCUUGCAUUCCAAUUCCCACAAGAGAUUUUGAGGCCAGUGACCAUAAUAAUGGAGUGUACUUAUUUUAACAACAGUUCUGCCAGUAUCAAAACUAAAGUUCUGUUUUGCAGCUUAGGCUUAACCAACUUAAAUAAACAUGUGACUGAAGUUUGCAACUGCUGAGUCUGACUCUCUUCCCAUCAGGGGAAAAAAUUGCCAGUACGUGCUUGAACAUCUGUCAGUUUGGGGUUAUAUUUACUCUAGAUGUUUAUGCAAACUAUUGGUCAUUAAGAGUUAAUAGGUCACAGUUGUAAAAGUACAAGCUUUCCUGAAGCUUCUAAGUUCAGUUAUUAGAGUCUAGUGUCUAAAGAGUCACUUUUGCAGGCACACCUGUUGGCACACCUGACUCACGGAGAUACCUGAAAGUACUGGGCAGCUCAGUAAUCUACCAGAGUGUGGUUUUGACUCUUUAGAGCCAAGUUUAAUGGAAGAGACAUUUUGGAUGGGAUUGUUACUGAACACAUCCUGUGUACAAAGUCCUGUUUAAGAAAAUCAGGUGGGAGUUGGGGGAAAAUCCAUUAGAUUCUUUUUGGGUUACCAUUUCCUCAGCAGUUCAAGGAAUGAUGUUGCCUGGGCCAAUGUUAAGAAAUAGUCUGGUCACACCAUACAUCAUCUUGCCAGCCUGACCUGAGAGGGCCACAUUGGCUCACAUUGGUCCUCCUGUCCUGUGCUCGGUCCCCAAGGGCAGUAUGAAAGGAGCACAUGCACCACACCACCACCUGCCCAUGGCCCCAUUGCCCACCCCUAGAAGCACCCAAGCGUAAGCAGGAGCCACACUCACUGGAAAGCAAAUCUGCCUUUUGUUGGCUGGCCCUGGGUUUCCCCACAGGACUGAUGAAGCCUUUUGGAAAAUAAAAAGGCCUUACAUGAGCUUUAGAAAAGGUCACCUUCUGCUUUAAGAAGGGCAAGAGGCCCCCAUGGCACGAAGCUUCCCCAGAACAGGAGUUCCUUGGGAGGGCUUGUCCUGGGCCAGUGUCGGACAUCUGGAUCCUCCUGGCUUUGUUAAGCACGCUGGUGUGGUGACAGGUGAGAAAGGAGGUGCCCCUGAGUGGGCCUUCGGUAUCUCCAUGAGUUAGGUGUGCCAAGAUGAGCAAUCACACCGCUCAGCAGAGAGGACCACACUAUGCUCUGCCAGAGCCCCUCACAGUCAUCCCCACCAUGAUCCAGAGUAUGGAGACACAGGCCUGUGGCCAGUUGGGGCAGGGGUGCCUGUCCAGAUAAGACACCCCCGGCCGUGCACACAGAUAGGUCCCACGCCCAGCAGGCCUGGCAGGGUCCAGUGUGAUCCCGGUUCUCUAGAAUAUGAGAGGAAGUCCCAGGGGGGAGCCCACUUGUGUGGGGACCUUCUCAAGACUGGCAUGAAAGAAACUCACUAGAAGAGAUGAAGAGUACCAGAGGGCACUUAGUCUGGUGGCACGUGGAUGUGGCCAGAGCCAGCCUCGCGUACAGACUUCCUCAGAUGUCUGGGAAGGCCUCAGGAGACCCCAAAGUGCCACCCACUGAGAUGUCAAGACCCUCAUGGCCACAGUCCUGGGGCGCUAAGUAUAGGCAAGGGCUGGUGUGUAGGCUUCAUGCACUUUUUUCUUUUUAAUGUACAGCCUCACAACAAUCCUGUGAGAGGCUAUCAUCAUUAUCCUCAGUGUCAGAUGAGGAAACCGAGUUCUAGAGAACUGGAGUGACCUGCUUAGUCCGCAGUCAGAAAGUGGCUGAGUUAAGGUUGGAAUCCACGUGGUCUGAUUUCUUCACCUUGGGCCAAAGUGUGCUGAGGUUCCACCAGCCCUUCUAAAGUACAGUAUUGGUGAACACGCACAUUCUGUUAACCCUCUACUGUGAAGGUGGGUUCCCGAGAUGAGAAUUCUCAUGGAAUGUGAGUGGGGAGAUAAAGGUGGAGAUGGGUAGUGGUGCACAGGAAGUCCAUUUCUUCUUUCAACCAAAGCGUGCUUGUGGACAGACACUGUGGCUGUCACAAGUGCCUCUGACAGUAAGUUCCUGAGGUAGCUGUCAGAGUCCUGGGAU